UAUCCAAUGUAAACUGAAUGGUCGUGAGAGGGUAUUAUCAGAGGCCUAUUGACAGCGGCCCGUCUUUGUUGGCGCGGGAGCGUAAAGGAUUAUACUGUGAGAGUUUUAAAAGAUAGUUGAGUAAUGUGUGAAACUGUAAAAAUCAAAGAUGUCAGCAACAAAAGUAAGCUCACCUAAAAGGGAAUCAACAAAGAGCAAAUCAAAGACAAGUUCGCGACCUUCAUCCAGGGGCAGUAACUCUAAACAUCUUGAUGAUCUCAACAAGGAGACCUCACAACUCAGGGAACAAGUGACAACACUUCAAACAGAAAAUGAACAGAUAAAAGAAAAAUUGAGAACUCUGACUCUACGUUUAGUCGAAGCAGGGAGACAGAGUGGAAAUGAAAUGGAUUUUGAUGCCAACUGUGACAUUUUAGAAAUUCCAAUGAUUGAAUUAUUGGCUGUGAUUGCAGAGCUGAAUAGGAAUGGAGUGAAGACGAGGUCACAUAAAUCAAAAGAUUUUGAUGAAAACCGGUUAGAAGAGCUGGAAACUCGAGUGACUUUGUUAAAUACAGAACUGGCAAAACUGUUCAAACUAAAGCUGAAAGUAGAGAAUGGUUUGCAGGACCUGGACCGAUGUCGAGAUGAUGGGGAACUCAGGAAGAAGGCCAAGUACCUGUGGUAUGAGUCAUGUGGCACACAAGUGUUUGUUGCCCCGAAGAUAGAAGUGGAGGACACCCCAUCAAUCCAGCCAGUGACUGCCGCAUCUGAUCCCUCGCCAGCUCCCACCCCCACCAGCCGCCCAGUGUCCGCUCACAGUAACCUCCCCCUUGCAGUCAGAAUCAACCUGGAGAGGGUGCACAUAGCUACCCCUCCCUGUAAGCUGCCUGGCGAUACUCACAUCAACAACAUGCACAAGGGGCUGCUGCAGCUCGUCAUUCAGGACCUCAGUCUGUAUAAAGGCAAUGGAGCUGAUUGGCGUCUGAUGGCAGAACGUGUUGGGGUACCGACACAGCUGAUCACACAGUGGAAGACCAUGAAACUACCUCAGCCGAUGAAGAAUGUGGUGUAUGUGUGGGGGGAGAGUCCGGGGGCAACAGUGCGCAUGCUGCACCGCCAUCUCGUCUCCCCACAGAUGAAGAGUCUCAUCCUUGCAAAGAGAAUCAGUGAUUUCUACGAGGUUGACUGAUACAUUCUUGGAUCCAGUGUUGUUCUUACAGCACAUUUACAAUGAAAACAGUGAUAAAAAUUAACUUACAAAGUGCAAUUGUGAAAUACUUAAAUUUCCUUACCUUUUAAGCCAAUCCGUAGUACCAAACAUUGCAUAAGUUUAGGGUGAUCAAGUGAACAUUUCUAUUGAAUUCAUGCUAAAGAAGUUUUUUGGCACAUGGUUGUUAAAAUUUGGUUCUUAUAAGAGAACAAACUUUGGUGUUUUACUUAUCAACUGGGGACUGGGGACUGAAAAAGUAGUUCCCAGAGGGACAAGCAAAAGUUUAGUAGUAAUUAGGCCAGUUGACUGUUGUGUCGCUUCGGGCGUCGGUGAGCAUUAAUUCUUAUCACUGUGAUCAUAACUUGCCCAUUCUGCUGAUUCCAUGUUUACCCAUACCUCUCGUGCCCUACAAAGGUGGCGUGCCUUUUAUUUAAUAGCAAUCUCAUAAAAAUCAGAUCUAAGUUCUUGCUGCCGCUAAACAAAGAUCUGAGGACAUCCCAUUACGGGUCACUUCAGAAAAACCUUUCGGGAACUUUGACCGACCACUGAAACGAUGAACAAGAAGUCAACAUCAGCCAAUUAGAAAGCUGCUUUCUCGAGCCUUACAGCACUCGUUACAACCUGGCAACUUCCAUUUCAGACUACACUCGAAAAAUAUGUUGACACAGUUCUCAAUUAAAAUUUUGAAAACUGAACAAACAAACAUUCCAGAAUGUCUAAUAUAUGGUUGCAAUUGUAUGGCAGUGC